AUGCAAGUGCACAUAGCAAGAUUGCCUCGUGUCCUGUGGACAUUGGUAGUUGAAAUCUCAGCACGAGUCUUGUCCACAACUCACCCGGCUGACCUGCCCCUCCUGUCUUCCCGCCACUAUCAAUACAAAGACCCAGACUCUGGCUUCCAGCUGGUCUGUGACAAGUGCCCGGCAGGUACCCAUGUGUCUGCCCACUGUUCUUUAAAUGCUGUGAGGGAGUGCAGCCCCUGCCCUGAAGGUACUUUCACACGGGGUGAAAACGGCGUUUCACAAUGCCAUCACUGUCGGACUCAGUGUCCUGUAGGCCAGAUUGAGAAACUACCCUGCACUGCCACACAAGACCGUGUGUGUACGUGCCCACCAAACAGCUUCCUGUCGAUGGAAGGUGGCAAAGAGUGUAAGCAACAUUCGCUGUGCCCUCCUGGGACAAGGGUGAAAAAGCGUGGUAGUGAAACAGAAGAUGUCAUUUGCAAGCCUUGCACCAAAGGAACAUUCUCCGAUUUGGAAUCAAGUGCUCUCAAGUGCCAAGCCCAUUCGAAUUGUAAAGCUCAGGGGUUGAUGCUGCUCAAAGUGGGAACAAGAGAGACUGAUAAUCUUUGUGGACCCCCAUCUACAUCCCAUUCAUCUACAUUUUCUUCCACAACCACUGCACAAAGACAGAAACUAGUGACAUCGGAAUCUUCCUCAUCAACAUUAGACCACAAAGGCAUUAACAGCCGGUCAGCUGCAAUUCAAGUAAGGGAAAACCAAGAAAGGAAACUAGAGGUCAAAAUAUUCAGUAAUGCUCAAAGCACCAGUCCAGCAAUCUAUGACUCUCAGACUUCACCUCCAAUAGCCCGGAAACAUCUGGUGCAUCACAAGCAGCAGUGGGACAAAACAAAAUCAGACCCUUUGCAUGGGCCUAAAAAGAGGACAGUGGAAGGAUUCGAGGGUUCAGAGGUCAGGGUUGGGAUUGGAAUCAAUAAAAUUGAUGUGGUGUCAAACAGAGACAGUGUUUCCAAUUUUAACCGUCCCACGCGAAGAGGAUCCCCUCGGCCGAGCCCUCAUGAUCACUUUGAUAUUAACGAGCACCUCCCCUGGAUGAUUGUCUUGCUGCUUCUGCUCGUACUGGUGGUCAUAGUAAUGUGCAGCGUGAAACGGAGUUCCCGUAUGCUUAAGAAAGGACCCAUGGAGGACCCGAGCAGUAUCGUGGGGAGGGCAAUCCAAAAGAAACCAUCUCUGCCUCCCACACAGGUUAAAGAGAAGUGGAUCUAUUAUUCCAAUGGACAAGGUGUGGACAUUCUAAAACUGGUUGCAGCUCAGGUGGGGCCCCAAUGGAUUGACAUUUAUCAUUCGCUGGCCAGCGCCACUGAGCGAGAGGUUGCCGCCUUUUCCAGCGGCUAUUCGUCAGAUCAUGAGCGGGCAUACGCUGCUUUGCAGCACUGGACCAUCCGAGACAGUGACGCCAAUCUGGCCAAACUGAUAAAUGCCUUGCACCGACAGCGCCGUAUUGACAUAGUGGAGAAAAUCAGACUGGUCAUGGAGGACAACCCGCAGUUUGAUAUAAACCAGCUGAUGACGUCUGUGAAUGUAAGCCAAAGCCUAAGUCCCAUUCACAAGCCUCAAGAAUCUCCCAUCAGCAUUGGCGGCACUGCAACAGGUGUGGAGCAGUCGCCAGUGGAUCGUACCAAAGGUUUUUUCCACGAUGAGUCAGAACCACUGCUUCGUUGCGAUUCCACCUCCAGCAAAGACUCCGCUCUUAGCAGGAACGGUUCAUUUAUCACUAAAGAGAAGAAAGACACAGUGCUCCGGCAAGUACGCCUUGACCCUUGCGACCUUCAGCCUAUUUUUGACGACAUGCUGCACAUCCUGAACCCGGAGGAGCUGCACGUUAUCGAGGAGAUCCCUGCUGCUGAAGACAAGCUGGACCAGCUUUUUGAGAUUGCCGGAGUUAAAAGUCAGGAGGCCAGUCAGACGCUUUUAGACUCGGUGUACAGCCACCUCCCUGAUCUUUUGUAG